AUGUCCCAGCAGGUGGACCAACCCAAGGCAUUCACCGUGACCACCAUGACCAGUCUAAGCAACAAAUGGAGUUCAGACAUCUGCGACUGCUUUGACGACCUGCCCCAAUGUUGUUUUGCCUUCUGGUGCCUCCCUUGCUUCACGUGCAAAACAUCGCACGAUGCCGGCGAGUGCCUUUGCCUGCCCUUGCUGGACGCCUUCGGGGUCAUCCCGCCCAUGACCACAGCCCUCCGGGUGUCUGUACGCCAGCGCUAUGGCAUACAGGGCACAGUUUGCCACGACUGCAUUUACGCUUGUUGCUGCGGACCGUGCACCUGGUGCCAAAUCGCCCGAGAAAUCCAAGCCAGAAGACAUCCAAUUACAUUCGUCAACAUGGCGCCUUGA